AUGGCCUCCACACCAGCAACUAUCGGGCUUACCCAGCCAAGUAUAAUCAAAUACCUCUACGCCUCUGCUGUUCUCCUCCAUGCUGCAGAUACGUAUAUCUUCUACACCGGCUCCACGAUCCUUUUUCCGAACCGCGUGCCGUUCCUCGAAAGCGCAUUGGCACGAUACUUCUGCCGAAACAGCGGCAACCUCGUUCUUCCCUUUGCGCUAAAUGCAUGGUUCCUGCGAGACUAUCAUAUCCGUAAAACACAUGUUGGGCGCGUUGUUGGGUCUUGCUUCUUGCUGUAUCACAUAGCCACUCUAGGGCUCAUUAGCUGGAGUUCUUUCUUCUCCGGCGGUGCCGAGUAUGAUUUUGCUAAUGUCUGGGGAAUUCUGGGCCUGCACGCUGGCUGGGCAGGUGUUGCGGCGUGGGGAUUGCUGUUUGCGUGA